AGAAAGCUAUCCAGGCACAGCCAUAACACCGAGUGUCACUGUGAUUUUUACGAGAUAUUAUGUAAAACCUUGCCGAUCGCUAAAUUAAGAUUCGCAAACAAGCGAGUGAGACGAGAAGAUGUAUUUUCACUCUUGAUCUUCGCGUUAUUUCCCUUUCCGCGGAGCUGAUAAUGAUUAAGAUGAAGCUGCCCAUGAGGACGGCGGAGGAAGGAGGUGAUGAUACGACCGAGGAGGAGCAGGAAAAAACGGAUCGCAAUCUCCAUUUUCCCAGUUCGGUUUCCAACAGGUUAGAGGAUUCUAUAAAUCAAACGAGAGGACUAGGAUAUCCCCUGCUUCAGCUGGAUAAAGAGGCGGUAUUCGAGUGGUUUGGCUUGCAUCUGAAUCCGGCCAAACGGAUAGAGUUUAUGUGCGGGCUGCUCCAUAUGUGCCAGCCGCUGGAGCUCCGCUUUUUGGGUUCAUGCCUGGAGGACCUUGCGCGGAAAGACUUCCACGUCCUGCGGGACUUCGAGACCAGGGCGAACAGUCCGAGCGAGCUCGGCCUCCUGACGGAUGUCACCGACCCCGUCGUGCGGUCGAAGCUGCUGGUCUGUCUCUCUCUCCUGGGAUCAGAGAACAGGGAAUGUGCGGGGAUACUGUUUCGCAUAUUGAGCCAUGUGGAUUCCGCUUUGUAUUUCAAAAACUACGGCUUUCCGCUCUCCUCGUUUAGGAGCUCGGAGCAUUUGCAGCUCCAUCCUCCGUGCGAGGGAGGCGAUGAGACCGGCGGAUCGGAGCAGCGCUGCGGGCCUCCGGAGGCAGGGUUCGGUCCGCUGGAGCAGCUGGCGCUGCUGUUUACCAUGGCCUCCUUUCACCCGGCGUUCCCUUUUCACCAGAGAGAGACUGUUAGGAUGCAGUUGGAAAAAGUGAAGACGGCGAUCGAGGAAGAAAGGCAACACUACAAACGCCGCACCAACGCCCUGCCGGCCAAGGGUCCGAAACCAGACUACCUCUCUCCCAGCAGCGAGACCCGGUCAACCAGCAGGGCCCAAUCUCCCCCCACCAGCGAGACCCCCACCAGGGUACCCUCGAGAGAAGCUGUGCACAUCGAGAGGAUUGUGCUGAAGGGAAUCUCCAGGAGAAGGACUGAAAGGGAAUACAGCUUUGAGGUGAAGUGGUCGGACUCUUCAUCAACCAGCGUGACCAAGACACACCACGAACUGGAGGACUUCUUGUUAAAGCUUCCAAAGGAGAGCUCCUCAGAGUCCUUUGAGAAAGGGAUUCUGACGCUGCUUCACCAUGGAGACCAGUGCGAGGGCAAGGACCUGGAGCAGACGCUGAGGGAGAAGUUCCUGUUGGCUCCACAGUCUUUCUGCCAGACAGGGAGGGUCUGUGGAUUCUUCCUGUCUGACCGCUCCAGAGACAGCUGCAGCCACUGUAACGCCGCACCCCUGAGCCCGCCUGUCGAGCAAUUUAAACAAGACUGCUCCGAGACGUCCAGCCCAGAGGAAGACCCAGAGCCGUACCUUCCAGGCCACCGGGCGAGACAUGGCAGCAGGAGCCCAGGCCUCAGUGCCCGCAGUGUGAAGGGCUGCCUGGAGGAGAGCCGGAGGACGUCUCACACCGAGCAGAACGGCCUGGGGGACUGGAGUGGGAGGGCGGCUCUGGGCCCUCAGCAGCACCUCGCUGAAGACAAACGGAGUGGUCUCCCUGGAAACAAGAGCAAAGGGAGAUUGGGAGUGGCGGACAGGGAGAAGGAGAAGAAAGGAGAGGGGCAGCUGGGCCGUGUCUGUAAUGGGCUCCUGGGGCCCCCCCCUCCAGCACAGACGAAGAGGCGGCCUACAGAGACAGGCCGUCCCGGGAAGGCGGGCUCUCGCCAGGACUCGGGUGGGGAGACGUCCUCGAGCUCCAGCACCCCCUCCAGCCCGCAGAGAGACGGGCGGGAGAGCCUGGACAGCGAGGACGAGGAUGACAAAGACAGGGACACGGACAGCAACUCUGACGACUUCCUCUCCGGCGCGGCAGUGGUUCCCGUCGCUCAGGAGUGUCCCCUGAGCGCCCCCACCUUCCCCCCGUUCCCCCUGGUGCCCUCCCUGCAGUACGCGUCCCAGAACGGGACGGCUCCCCCACAGGCGGCAGAGGGUAAAGCAGCGGGGGCGCAGGCGGCGACCGCCCCCCGCCAGCCGCUCUCUGGCCCCGCACGCGCAGAGAAGCACCCCCCCGAUUCCGCCCCCCUGCCCCCCACGUUCAGCCCUCCCCUCCAGCCCCUCGUGCAGCGCUUUAAAACCGGCCCCUCCCCCCACACCGCUCCCAAGAGCAGCCCCUCCCCGUCGCACCCGCCCCCCCACGUGGGCACCAUCGGAGGCGUCAUCCCCGCAGGCCCCUCUCACACAUCCCCGCUGCAACCUGUCUACCCUGCCCCUGAGCCCGUGGUGACCACUGAGGCCGCCGCCCCGCCCCCAGCAUUCACCGUCCCCGCCCCCUCUGUGGGCGGGGCCACAAGCGCUCCUGCUGCUGGACAGGUGCAGGCCACGCCCCUGCCUGCUGUCCCCACCCACACCCCAAACCCCGCCCCCAUCCCCAGCCCCGCCCUCAAACACAGCGCAGCUCAGAGCGACAGCACCUCCUACAUCGGCAGCAGCGGCAGCAGUGGCGGCUCCGGGGGGACGUCCCAGCAGCAGCAGCCGCCGCCCCCUCCCCAGCAGAUUGGCUGCGGGGCCUGCGGCUGCCGGGGCCACGCCCCCAGCUUCUACUUCCCGCCCCAGCUGGCCCGACAGGUGCUGGGCGUCCCGCCCCUCUUCCACCUGCCCUCGCUGUGCGGCGGCAGCUACCUCAGCCAGGCGCUGCAGACCAACGGCGCCGCCCAGCUGCCCUUCUUCCCCUACGCCGCCGCCGCCGCGCCCCUGCUCCACGCCCCCUCGCCCUCCGAGCACGUGCUGGCGGGCGCGCAGCCCGGCUACGCCCUGCAGCAGAUGGCCGCCUUCGGCCGCUUCUACCCGCCCGUCUUCCCUGCGCUGGGGGGGUUGGCGCCCGGGGCCGGCGGGGGCGUAGCCGGUGCCAAGAAGAACGGCAACGUCUCCUGCUACAACUGCGGCGGCGGCGGGCACUACGCGCAGGACUGCAAGCAGCCCUCGGCGGACGCCGCGCAGCAGGGUGGAUUUCGGCUGAAGUACGUCGCCACCCACUCCCCCGAAGCACUUGACAAAGGCGACUAAGCCCACGGGAGACCCCUGCUGCGUUUCCCCGCUCCGCUACAAUACAGAUUCCAGAGAACCAGUGUUUUCAUGGGUGCUUUUCAUUUUGGUUUCAGAAUGUGUGUAAGCACCUGGCAGAGAGGAAAAACAAACGCCUCCCGAUCUCUCCUGUUUUCCUAAUGAGCGAGAAUCCCGUUCCCUCGUUUCCACAGAGGUCUUCCCUCAGAGGCUUCUGGCGUUUUGCACUGAAGACGGGCUCGGGGCGCCAUCUAGUGUUUACUAACUUAUUUUUCUUAAAUUGUACAAAAAAAAAAAAAAAAAAA